AUGUCUGACCAACCUCCCUCAUACGGUGGCCAUCCGAACUAUGCACAGCAAUGGCCUCCUGCAUACCCCUCGAUGAUUCCCCCGAACUUCCCAGUCAGCUCAGAUUACUCUCAAAUCCAUCAGCCACCGGCGACAAAUCCUGGGCCGACCUUCGACUAUAACAUGGCAAGCGUCAACGCAAAUGCGCGAAUCCCAGGUUCAAAUGGUCCUGGAAACUCAGCAUUCGUUCCGCCUCAGUUUCCCUUCUUCAACCAGUUUGACGCCUCACAAUUCCCACCUCCUUUCCCUCCGAUGCCGUUUGCUCCGUUGAGCUACCCCCCCAUGCCAACAGGGUCCUCAAAUUCCCCCAUGCCGUAUCAGGGUAUAAACGGGCAUGCCUCCCACCAACUAUCAACACCAGCCGUACAUCUCAAAGACGUCCCAGUUCAGGCAGAUAAUCACCGUGAAGAAGGCGAAGUUAGUGAGGAAUCGGAGGAAAGGUCACUACACCUGACGACGCGUAAGCCUACGCGCCACUACUUGGACUUGGAAGAAGGAGAAACCAUAUCUUCUAGCGCACAGUCCGCUAGGAGUACAUACAACCCUCCUUUGUCUGUCUCAGCAGACGCGAGCAUGGUCCACCAUACGAUGCAGCCUCAGCGGCAGGUCCCACCUGCAACUGUCCCAGCCCCUCCACCUCAGAAAUCAGUGGCACAGCUACGAAUUCAAGCCCAGGGCGCUUUGCUUAGCUUGGCACCCCAUAAUAUCCGCUACAAUGAACUGGUCGCGGAGGGUAUCAACCCUAUGAUCUUGAAACGCCUUUACGAAGAAGUCGGUAUCAAGGUCACCACAUCAUCUGGGCAAGGUCCACCAGUUCCCGAGAAGGCCUCCGCCGCGGCUGCAGUUGCUAGCAAGGGACUAGGAUCUAGCAAACCAGCUGAGGUGCCCAAGAUAGCGAAGGAGAAGCACCUCACCACGAAGUCGGAUUUGCCAGUGUCCCAACCUUCUGCCCCAUCCGCCGCCCCUCCUUCCAAAGCCGGCAAGCCUCUAGAGCGAAAGGAACUUAUCGCCCGGAUGUUAGCUGAGAAAGCUGCGAAGGCGACAUCCAAAGAGACUUCACCAACUGGCAGUGCGAAAUCCCCCUCUACGAUACCAGUUGAUGAAACCCCUCCGGUUCCAGAGGAAACUUCCGUAAAGGAGAAGAGAAAAGCCCAGACGGAGUUGGCAAGGCAGCGAAUUGAAGAACUCAAAAGACAGACGUUGCUCAAGACCCAGAAAUUGGCCCAGGCAAAUCUGCCGCCGAUCCAGUUAGAAUCUCCGGCGCCAGCUAUUCAACACCCGCUUCCUCUUCGACCUCCUGUACCUGAAUCUCGUCGCUCUGCUGGGCUUCCGGGACUUCUCAUGGCUGGAUUGGAGCAGGAGCCACAUGAAACUCUUGCCUCUGAUCCGGGACAAGUGACCGACCUUGACUCAACACCGUUGUCUCGAGCAACCCAACGCAAGCGGCCUCGGGCUUCCGAUUUCGAUGAGCCAGUUGCACCUCCAAAGAAGCAUUUCAACCCUGCUGCGACUCGGUUCGACCCUACCGAUAAACUCAUAAUUGCAAUCAGCGACGAUGAAUCACUCUACGGCGAUGAUGAGGACGACAACAUGGAGUUGGAUUCAAGCCCAGAGCAGGAACAAGUCCCAAUAGUGACCUCGACCAUCGUCAAGCCUACUAUUCAAUCAAACCCUCCUGCCACCCGGGCUUCGACAGCUACACCACAAGCCCCUUCUAGUCUAAGUGAUCAAGGAGACAUUCGACUUAAAGAUAUGGAAAUUCAAGCUAUGCGCCGCAAGAUUGCGGAGCUGGAGCUACGAAGGAAAUCGAAGCUCGCUGCCAGCCGAACCCAGUCACCUCGCACCCUGGAUGACUCUGGGGCAUCAUCGUCCGGCGGACAAUCCAGUGUGGUCGCAGCUACUUCUGAAGAAGAUUCUUCAAAGACUAAACCGACGUCGGCCGCCCCUGAUACGCUCAUGCCGGUUGCCCCUGUUGCUCAAAUAGAUGCACUAGCCGAAGUCGCUGCCACCCAACAACCGCUUGAGGAGGCCUAUGCUGACGAAGUGGCAAACGGUGUAAUCGAUAGCACCGCACAGACAUCGGCUUCAUUCGAGUCCGAUUCUUCUGGGUCAGCUAUGCAUGAAUCUGAUGACAGCAGCAGCAGUGAUAGUUCCGAUUCGUCCAGUGAGAGUGAGGACGAACCUGCUACCUUGCCAGAGCAAGCCGAUGUCAACCCUACUACUGUGCCAUCAUUCUCAGAGCCCAUGGAGAUUGACUCUUCAGAGCGAUCUGCGUCUCGCAGCUCGCCCUCUGCCAUCACCCAUCCUAGUGCAACUUCUGCCGACGAAUACGUUUCUCAACAUCACCUUAGCGAACAGUCUCAGCGUGAAGAGUCUGCGGAGUCCGACGGUUAUGAACCCCCAGAGCCUGAUGCUGAUGCACAGUCUGAAGGCUCGAGUUACAGCCCUCCUCCAUUCAGCCCAGCUCUUUCCGCUGAUGAAGAACUAACCAGCACCCCUCAGGUGUCAGACCCAUUACCUCGGUCGGAUUUGCAGGUUGGCGCUCCUGGCACUGAAGCAUCGUCUGCCAUUUCGGAGCAAAGAUUCACGCCGUACACCAGCCCACUGCGAACUUUCAAGGCUUAUCGCUACCACCCGCAUUAUGCCGAAGACGUUCCGAGUGGCUACCGCUCGCUAACUUACAGUCAUAAUAUUGAUUCCAUGAAAUACAUGUGUCCAUAUGAGUUGGCCGGGGGUGUCUGUAAUGACCGAUCCUGCGAGUUUCAGCAUCUUCGGGACAUGACUCUAAGCGACGACAAGAUUCUCGUCCAGAUGGGCUCUGUCCGAGAGGGUCAAACUGAAGAAGAAAAAGAAACAUAUCUCACUGGUCUGAAAGAGAUCAUCAACGACUUACGGCGUGACAAGGUGAAAGAUUUCAACACUGUGGCCUCUGAGAUAGCCGCAUACCGUAGGCGCUUCCUCCAAGACCCGUCGCGUGUCUUGUCCCUGUAA